CGGAGUUGCAGAGCCAGUCGGACGGGUUUGGAGAGAGAGCAGAGAGAAAGAGCCAGGAUCAGGCGGAAGGGAGGCAGCUACAGAGCAGGGCCGAAUGCUACACACACCCCGGUCCGGAGUACACUGCCCCCUCUGUACCGUGAGAUCUACACUCCGGGGGUAUCCUGACACAGGAUCUGCAGGGCUAAGCACAAAACGCCAAGUUCCCCCCAGCUGCCUCCCUUGCCCUGCAUGUUCCCACCAGCUCCCUGCUACUGCUGCUGCCUCUCACACUGCUGCUCCCUUUGUAUGAGACCCCUAUACACAGCAACAAGAAAGUGAAGAUUGCUCUGGAUGCCUACAUAUAAACCUUGGAGCACACAAAAGGGAGGGUUCCCUUAUACAGAGAAAAACAAAGACUUGUGAGCCUUAAUUAGAGCCGAGGGGAGCAGAGAUUCUUGGAUCUGCCUGUCUUGAUUGGCAGUUUAGAGACUAUUUGCUGGAAUAGGAAGCUGGUUCCUGGGCUGUGGUUGUCGUGGUUGGAGCCCAUCGGGCUAUGGAUCAGGUUCAGAGGACAGGAGAUCCGGGCCCCUCAGAUACAGACAUGAAAAACAAAGGGCUGGAUAGCACAGAGAACAUUCCCAGCAGCAAGAGGAGGACAUCAGACAUGCCCAUGGCAUAUCCAGGAUAUUCCCAGGAUUCCCAGGAUCGUCACGACGGUACCAGCAACGGAACAGCUCGGUUACCCCAACUGGGGUCAGUGGGCCAAUCUCCCUAUGCCAGCGCCCCCCCUCUUUCCCACACCCCCAAUACUGACUUUCAGCCCCCAUAUUUUCCUCCGCCAUACCAGCCCUUAUACCCUCAGUCUCAAGAUCCCUAUUCUCAUGUUAAUGACCCCUAUAAUCUCAAUUCCCUCCAUGCCCAACCGCAACCUCAGCACCCAGGAUGGCCAGGGCAAAGGCAGAGCCAGGAGACCAGCCUUUUACACACACAUCGGGGGCUGCCACACCAGCUUUCUGGCUUGGACCCACGCCGGGAUUACAGGCGACACGAAGAUCUACUGCAUGGGCCUCAUGGGCUGGGCUCAGGACUUGGGGACAUCCCCAUCCACUCCAUAUCUCAUGCAAUAGAAGACGUCUCGCACGUAGAAGACCAAGGUAUCAACAUCCCAGAUCAAACUGUAAUUAAGAAAGGGCCUGUCUCAUUGUCUAAAUCCAAUAACAAUGCAGUGUCGUCCCUCUCUCUCAACAAAGACAAUCUCUUCGGCGGAGUAGUGAACCCCAAUGAAGUUUUCUGCUCAGUCCCCGGACGUCUGUCUCUCCUAAGCUCCACAUCAAAGUACAAGGUGACAGUGGCAGAAGUACAGAGACGGCUGUCCCCGCCCGAGUGCCUCAAUGCUUCUCUAUUGGGUGGAGUGCUCAGGAGGGCGAAAUCUAAAAAUGGAGGCAGGUCACUGAGAGAAAAGUUGGAUAAAAUAGGUUUAAAUCUUCCAGCUGGGAGGCGUAAAGCUGCUAAUGUCACAUUGCUCACGUCACUAGUAGAGGGAGAAGCUGUUCAUUUAGCCCGAGAUUUUGGGUAUGUUUGUGAAACAGAGUUUCCUGCCAAAGCUGUAGCUGAAUAUGUCAAUCGCCAACACUCUGACCCAAAUGAGCAAGUGACCAGGAAAAACAUGCUACUAGCCACAAAGCAAAUUUGUAAAGAAUUCACAGAUUUAUUGUCACAGGACAGAUCACCCUUGGGUAACUCUAGGCCAUCUCCUAUUUUGGAGCCUGGUAUCCAAAGCUGCCUGACACACUUCAACCUCAUCUCUCAUGGUUUUGGCAGCCCAGCAGUAUGUGCGGCCAUCACAGCCCUUCAGAAUUAUCUCACCGAGGCACUUAAGGCAAUGGACAAAAUGUACCUCAACAACAACAAUCCCAACAACCACACAGACAGCAGCAAAGGAGGCGACAAAGAUGAGAAACACAGGAAGUGACCCACAUUCCCAUUCAUUUCUACCUUCUUACCAUCCUGUCGUGCUGGCCUCCUGCCCACUGGGGCAAAGAGAAUAUUUUGCCAUCCCUGCUCCGGGGAUGGAAGGCUGCUCAGCCCUCGUAACGUUGUCCUUUCCUCUAUGUUUUUUAAUCCACACAUGGAUUAUUAACAGAACAAGCAAUGGAACCAGGAAAGAAAGUUUUGUCCUUAGUGUUUGAACUUUUUGUAAGAAAACAUUUUUUUUAAGAAACAAGUUCUCGAGAAUAUAUAUAUAUAUAUAUAUAUAUAUAUAUAUAUGUAUAUGAAUGAGUCAUCGGACUGAAUUACCACCUUCCCUUACGAUGCUUCAGUUGAGAUUGUAGCCCUAUUAAGAGGGUGAGGAUGACAUUUAUCAGUAUUGUGAAUAAACUUGAACACAAAACAUUUGCAGUUCCAUGUCAUGUCUUCAAGUUGUACCUUUUCCCUCUAAAGGUAAAUGAAAACACCUUGAACUUUCUGUUUGGACAGAGAUCACGGUCACUAUAUAAGGGAAUCAGUGUUUAUGUAUAUAUUUAUUUAUGUGUAAUUUAAUGGGGAUUGUAUAUAUGGUGCGUCUGUUAAAAACUUUUUAUUUAUCUGGUGAUCUCGUUUACCUAUUGUUUAGUGUUUUUUUUUUUCUUCUUCAAAUUCCCCUCUUAGUUCAUGUGGCUCUUGGUACUUAUUUAGAAAACAGAACUUUGGGUUUCUUUCUAGGGGAUUCAUCAUUUUUAGCCCUGUUGUAGCAUGUUAAGACAACAAUGAAGCAGCAGAACAAAUAAUAAAAAAAAUAAAAUAAAAUGAAUUUUAUAUAUAAUUAGUAUUACAGUAAGUCUUUCAUUUCCUGGAAGUGGAAUACAGUCUCUCCAUGUUGGAUACUGAGUAAUGUUAGAGGUUUUAAAAAAAUUACUUAUUUGUUGCCAAAAUGAAUGGGGGUCUAUUUUUCUCCAUCUUUUGAAUAGAAAUAUAAAAUUGAUAAUAUAUUUGGUUCUGUUCAAAUGAUUACAUAAGUAUUGGAACCACAGGUAUCUCACUGGCCUUGGUGGGAGCAGAGGUGUCUGUUUUGUACAGGCAGUACUUUUUCAAGCCUACCAAUGUAUUAUAGUCUUUUGUUGACCAGGUGAAUAAAUAUUUGAUACGCUUUAUGUCAUUUUUUUUUAUUCAGCGGCUGUCUUUACCCAGGCGUGUUUUUGUCCUUGCAGUAUUUUUUAUUCAGUAUGGUUACAGUAAUUGAGUUUAACUCUCCCUUGACAAUUGCUCCUUGCAAUAAGCAGCUGAACCCAUUGUUUCCCUUAAGUAUAAUAAAAACUUACUUUCAACUCCGAGUUCAGCGUAGGGAAUCA